GGAGGCCAGGCGCGAUGGACCCGGCCUUUCCCGGUGUCCAGGGUCAGGCCCAGCCGCCGCCACCCGAAGCGUGGCCGCUGGUUGGCUCCGAGGAGGAGCUCUAUGACUGUCCGGAUUACUACUACCUGCGCGACUUCCCGGCCUGCGGGGCCGGGCGCAGCAAGGGCCGGACGCGGCGCGAGCGGGAACUGCGCACCAACUGGCGGGUGCCCGGCGGCCACGAGCGCAGGAUCGCGCAGAAGCUCCUCAACGGCCAGCGCAAGCGUCGCCAGCGCCAGCUGCAGCCCCGGCCGCGCACCCGUCUCGCCUGAGCGCUGGUGCGUGCGGGCAGCCACGGGCCGGGGCCCAGGGCAACCGCGCGAGCGCCCUGGUAACGCUCCGGUCCGCCCCCUGCGACUCGAACGCGGCACAGUCGCCACCUCCUGAGGCUGCCCUGCGUAGCGAGUGAUUAGCUGGGCCCCCUAAACUCCCAGCCUAUCUCCCGGCGGCAGUUAAAAUUCUACCUUUUGGAAUUUUUUAGUUGGGUAGAAGGGGCUGGGAAACGCAGAAAACAUCUUUCUAAAAAUACAAGUAAGGGAUUUACUUCCAGUUUUUAUGCACGGACUAAAAAGAAUAACUGAUUUAUGUUUUUGUCUGGUUUUCAACAGGAUACCCAUACCCGAAGGACCUGAUAAAAGUAUUUUCUGACUCCAGCUGUAACUGUGGUCCUAAGGGGAACAGUCCAUGUUGCUCAACAGAACUUCUUUUCGACAUCGCUUAAGUUCAGUAUCUUUUCCUUACUGAUUGUUAAUUAAGUAACAUCCAAGUGGGUAUGCCUGUUUAGGGUUUUUAAUUAAAAGAGCAGCAAGAAUGGCAUUUUAA